UUUUCCUUGCGUGCCACGCUCACCCACCUGGUGAGUACCCGGUGCCGGGCGGGGGAGGGCGAGCUGAGGGGCAGCCCCUGGCAGCCAGGCCGGGUCCAGCUCCCGGGUCCUUCACCCCCUACCCGGGUUGGGCAGGCCUUGGCUAGAAAGGGGGCUCUCGAGACGCUAAGCAUGUGGUCGCGACCUUCCUGUCCCCAGCGGAAUGAGUAGCGCCCCCGCGCCGGGCCCAGCGCCCGCCAGCCUCACGCUCUGGGACGAGGAGGACUUCCAGGGCCGUCGCUGUCGGCUGCUGAGUGAUUGUGCGAACGUCUGCGAGCGCGGAGGCCUGCGCAGGGUGCGCUCGGUCAAGGUGGAAAACGGCGUCUGGGUGGCCUUUGAGUAUCCCGACUUCCAGGGACAGCAGUUCAUUCUAGAGAAGGGGGACUAUCCUCGCUGGAGCGCCUGGAGUGGCAGCUGUGGCCACCACAGCAACCAGCUGCUGUCCUUCCGGCCAGUGCUCUGCGCGAACCACAGUGACAGCCGUGUGACACUGUUUGAGGGUGACAACUUCCAGGGAUGCAAAUUUGAACUCAGUGAUGACUACCCUUCCCUGCCUUCCAUGGGCUGGGCCAGCAAGGAUGUGGGUUCCCUCAAAGUCAGCUCUGGAGCGUGGGUGGCCUACCAGUACCCGGGCUACCGAGGCUACCAGUACGUGUUGGAGCGGGACCGGCACAGCGGGGAGUUCCGCACCUACAAUGAGUUUGGCACGCAGGCCCACACAGGACAGCUGCAGUCCAUUCGGAGAGUCCAGCACUAGGCUCCAUGGCCCCAGACACCUCCCCUGAGGGCCCUCAAUAAAGGCUCCUGAACCUGCCUGCC